AUGGACAAGUUACGGCAAGAGGCGCGCACAGCCUUGAAAGAGGACAGAAAUACUCUUCCCCAGACGCUUUCGUCUUCUGGUGAGGUCGCGCAACAGGCCAGGGUGCAGGAUGUUUGGGCAGAUGUGUCGACCUUCGACCACAGCACCUUGGAAAACAUGAAUGAGAGCCUCUACGCCGCAUUGCAGUAUUUCAAUGGUCGAUUGAACUCUGUUCCAGGCGGGGCCUCAAGGGCUCUUGCAACCGAGGAAACAGAGGCCGUCCAGAAGCUAUUGGAGUGGGCGAGUGAAGCCGCGCUGCCAUCCGUAGAAUUUGAACCUAUUUUCAAUGACGACCCUGACAUUCCGGAUGAAGUCAUGAAGGCCCAAGAAGGGAGUCGUCUGAAGGGCUACCUUGCUACAAGUCUUGUCGCAAUCUUGGCAACCAAGUCAACAUUGGACCAUGAUAUCACUAGAUCUCCAAGGGUCAUCAUGGCCUUGGCCUGCUACACCUCCGACGCUGACCCGUGGACCACCGAUAAGGCUAUGCAAAACGCAAAAGCUACCCUUCAGCUGGUAGGACAGGAUCUACCAUGGAAGACUAUCGAUGAAAUCCUGAAAGACAAAGUUCGACCUCUUUUCAAGAGCUCUAAAAACCCAUCUAUCACAAGUCAAGGUCGCAAAAAUUUCCAUCCCGUGCCCUUGUCUCGGUUCGAGGGCUUAUCGCUCGAUGGCUCAAACAAUCCUUGGAAGAACACCGAUAUCUAUGCCACACGAGUCCUAUCGUGGAUCGCGCAUCAGUAUCGGAAAUACGAAUCAUCUGACAUGGAAGCACAUUUCCCGCUUUUGGUCCCGGUUAUCCUGGCACUGAUAGAUGACAGCAACACCACGUUCAAAGCCAAAGGCUGCGACAUACUUAAACAAAUUCUCGAAAUAAUCUCCGACAACUCCUCCAAAACCCUCAUUCGAAUGAAUCUAGUCUCCGUCUUUGAGGAAGCCAUAACCCCAUGUCUCCUUUCCCUUCCCACUAUCACCCCCGAGAAGAGGUCACUAGAACUACUGAGUUCGGCAUACCCAACAUUAAUUUCCCUCUUCAAAGCUGGCUACCCAAUUCCAUCACGAGACCAGAUACCAGCAAAUCCGGCCUUAGAGGAAACGUAUAUGAAAAACCGCAACGCGUACUCCAGGUCGGUUCAAAAGAUUCUUCGCAACAAUCUUAUCUCGUCGUUCCAUCAUAUCAGCUCCUCGACACCUGCUUCAAGAGAGACAUCAGCUUCUUUCCCACACCCUUUUCUAUCUACAUUCCUGAUGCACUGGAUUGGAGUCUUCAUCCAAGAACUUGGCUUCCACGCUAUCAUGUUCCUUCAAGAAAUUGUUCCCGUGCUGUACACUACUUUAUCGAAUCCUUUUGGGACCGCCCAUCCACCGCUCCUAACCGCAGCAGUGUCCACUACGAAGCAAUUAAUCCUAAAUGCCCAUGCGAGGAUCUACAGGUGGCGCGGUGAAAUCCUUGGUGGGCUAACUUCCUGUUACCUACACGUUAUCGAUGAACUGGACGAAAAGAUUCAAAGGGAUCUGAAGAUCACCGCUAUUGCCCUCAAAUACACUCUUGAGAACUCUGCUGAGAUCGCUGCCGCUCAAGGAGUUUCCGUUGCCGAUGUCGAGUUUAUUCCGAAGGAUACUGUGGAGAAGGAGUUCCAAGAGUUGAUCCGUGCGGAUCCUAGAUUGGAACAGCUUCUAAUGGUUGAGAAGGAUAGCCUUGUGUAA